AUGCACCCCACCCAGGCCGUGUUCCGCCCCCUCUCCCACCGCGUCCUCACCGGCGCCGGCGUCCGCUAUGCUCGGAGCCUCCAGCCCGGCGCCGUGCACAAGCGAAGCAUCCUCACACUCAAGGACCACGUGUACUUCUCGAAGGCCACCGCAGAGGGCCCCGGCCGCAACGGAACCGUGAAGUCCAAUGGCGACGCGCCGCUCGAGCUCAGGAUGGCCAUGCCCAAGGUCACCGGCGGCAAGGGCGACGGCCAGAACCCCGAGCAGCUGUUUGCUAUGGGCUACUCUUCGUGCUUCCUUGGGGCGUUGCAGCUUGCGGCUGCGCGCGCGAACAAGAUGGAGAUCGCGGAGAACGCGAAGGUCACGGCGAACGUGUUCCUCGGGCAUCCGUCCGAGCCCGACAUCGACGGCUUCGGCCUGCGGGUCGAGAUCAAUGUUGAGGGCUGUAAUGACGAUGCUGUCAUUGCCGCGGCGCACGAUUUCUGCCCGUACAGCCGCGCGCUGAGACACGGCGCGGAGGUCACCGUCGCGAAGGUCUAA